ACCAACAAAAUAAAUAAAUUAAUAACAAAGUGCAGUUUUAAAAGAGGAGGGUAGGGUACUCGCUAUUUUGGCACAGGAUAUUGAAAAAUGCCUAUUAAAUGCUGUGUACAAGGCUGCAAGUCAAGAUACGGUGAAGUGAAGCUCAGUUUUCACCGAUUUCCUGCACCCUGCACAGUACGCGACGCGUUGCGACGGCAGCUCUGGGUAAAAGCUACUGCAAUAAACAGUCGAAAUGUUAAUCGACGUUUUGUUUGCGGACGUCAUUUCGUAACAGGAAAACCAGCUGCAUUUAGCGCCGUCAAUGAGCCCGACUGGAUACCUACGUUAUUUUUGUACGAAUGCUCAGAGGAUGUUUCUACAAACGAAACUGCACCGGAAAUUGAGGAUUCAUCUCUAAUACAAGUCGUCGAUCGGAGACUGUCUUUAAAAAGGAAAAGUUUAGCAGGGUCACUGCAUGGUAACAACACGAAAAGGUACGCAGCAAAUGUAACUAUUGACAAGAAUCAAGACGUAAAAACUGAACCAACAUCUAGCGGCGAAUACACUACUGUUGACGCACUACCGAGUGAGCAAAGUACUAGCAUUCCAGCAUAUGGACAUUCUAGCAAUGUACCUGACAGAUCGGUGCAGAAAAAGCCCUGCCCUGAACGGGAGACGAUCGGACAGCUACGACAAUCGUUAAGCGAUAGCAGAAAGGAAAUAGAAUUUCUCAAGCACGUGGUAGCAAAACAAAAUGAGGUGAUAGCGGGUUUACGAAAUGAUCUCAAGGUACUCCAUAAUAUUAAAUAAAAUA